AUGGCGCUGACGGUCCACAUGCUGGCAUGCGCCUUUGGGCUGGGCUCGUGGGUGGCUGUCAACGGCCUGUGGGUAGAGCUGCCACUCAUCGUGAACACUCUGCCUGAAGGCUGGGAGCUCCCCUCUUACCUAACCGUCAUCAUCCAGACGGCAAACCUGGGACCUCUGCUCAUUACGCUCAUGCAUAAAGCCCGGCCGGGCCUACUGAAUGAGAGGGCUGUCAUCUACACCGUCCUCUCCGUGGGUGUCCUGUCUUGCAUUCUGCUCGCCUUCUUCUGGGAUCGAACCAGUGUCGUGGCCGGCGCGUCGCACAGCACUGCCUUCUUUGUCAUCACCUUCUUCCUCUCUCUGGUGGACUGCACCUCCUCGGUCACCUUCCUGCCUUUCAUGAUGCAGCUGCCCGCCAAGUACAUCACCACGUACUUUAUUGGGGAAGGACUGAGCGGCUUCAUCCCAGCCGUGGUCGCUCUGGCUCAAGGUGUUGGCGUAGCAAAGUGCGUUAACGCCACUCAGGCGAUGUCCAGAAACCAAACGGGUGGAAAUCUUCAGACCGAGUAUUUGCCACCCAACUUUUCCACAGAAGUAUUCUUCUUCUUCCUGACGGUCAUGAUGUGCAUCAGUCUGGCCGCUUUCAUCGCGCUCAACAGGCUCCGACUGCCAACUCACGAAAACUUGAUGGCGAGCUCGGAACUCAAAUGGCAAAACGAAGAGGAGAACCAUUUGCCUGAGGAACCUGAUCAUUCUGUGUAUCAGCUGACCUUCAUCUACUUCCUGGUGGUUUGGGUCAAUGGCGCCACCAACGGCGUGCUGCCCUCCGUGCAGACGUACUCCUGCAUGCCCUACGGCAACCUGGCCUACCACCUCUCGGCGUCAUUGGCUUCAGUGGCCAACCCUGUGGCUUGCACUGUUGCCGUGUUCUUCCAAAACAGAUCUCUUGUAAUUUUGGGGGUGCUGACGUUGUUGGGGACAGGCUUUGGCAGCUAUAACAUGGCUAUGGCCGCUCUGAGUCCCUGUCCUUUACUUCAGGGCUCCGUGGCAGGAGAAGUCAUUAUUGUUCUGUCGUGGCUCUCGUUCACUGGGACCUUGUCUUACGUCAAAGUGAUGGUGGGCGUGAUCCUGCGUGACCGUAGUCACAGUGCCCUGGUUUGGUGUGGAGCCGCAGCACAGGCGGGCUCGCUGCUGGGCUCGGUGAUCAUGUUUCCGCUAGUUAAUGUCCUGACACUCUUUCAGGCCGGGGACUUCUGUAAUACAAAAUGUCCACACUGA